AUGUCAUUUCGCCGAAAUAUAAGGACUCGAUCGGUUAGUGCUGGUCGACAGCAACAAUCUCGAUUUUAUUCUAAUGAGUCUAAUACUGAUUUAUCAUCAGGAAAAGAUUCAUUACCAAAUGUUUUGCCAGAAGUAACAAAAAUUGUUCGAAAAUUAUUACCGCAAGAAAUUCCAUUGAAUACGCAUGUACGAAAUGUUGAAUAUAUAGAAAAUAGUUGUGAACGUUUAAAUGGAACUCUAUAUAUGACUGUAUUUCGACUUGUAUUUGCACCUGAUAAUGAAAUUGCAACGAAUAAUCUUGAUUUUCGAAACAUAACAUUUUCAAAAUGUUUAGUUGCAAAAUCGAAUUCAACCAAUAAUAAACCAGAAGUAUCUGUAUCGAAAAUGGAAACCUAUAUUGAUGCAUUAAAAGUUCAUUGUCGUUUUCAAAAUAAAGAACAAUUGUAUCCAUAUCUUGCUAUGCAACAAACUUCAAUAAAUAAUAGAUCUCCUAGAUAUCAACAUGGUCAUCAAGUACCAUCGAUAAUAAUUUCAUCUAGUGGACGAUCAAUGGAUGAUGAUACUGGUGAUUUUUGUAUAAGUAAUGAUGCACGUAUUAGAAGCUAUUUGACUUAUCAAGAUUGGUGUGGUGAAUUGAAGAAUGCUAAUGAAACACAAUGGAUGGUUGAUUCAACAAAAUUUGAUGAAGAAUAUGUUGUAAACAAAGAAGGUCCAUAUGUUUGUUUAGCAAAUGUCAAUGAAAACGAUGAUUGUAAAGAUUUUAUAUGGCAUUGGACUCAUACAUCUGAAGUUGAAAUUGAUCAUCGUCAUCAACAAAAUAGAGGACCAACACAAUAUAUGCUUGUUACUAAACCAGGCAUGGGAGAUAUUACUGCCGCUGCAGAUUCUGUUGAAGUUCCAAAAAGUUUACAAAAAAUAUCAUCAUCAUCACGUUUUUUGAAUCUAUCAAAAAGAUUACCGAAAAAUUUACGUUCAAAUCCUAAUGAUAGUCUACCAAUGCAAUGUAUCACCAAUGAACUUAAAACAUCAACUAAUAGCUUAAUCGGGAUACCACCAAAAUCGCCCAAUUUUGGUUUACGUCGUAAUGCAACUGAUUCAAAUUUAAUGUAUUCUUCUGAUCAUGCAUAUGAACAAUCAUUUCAACGCUAUGAUGUAGCAAAAUUUCCAUGUAAUUUAAAACGUUUACAAGCCAGUUAUGAAAGAUUAAUUGAAAUAUGUGCAAUAACUUCUGAAGAUGAUGAUGAUGAUAAAUGGUUGAGUAAAUUAUGUGGAUGUAAAUGGCUUCAAUAUGUUUCAAAAGCGUUACAUGGUGCUGCAUCAUUAGCUAAAUUACUUAAUUAUACAAAUAUCGCAUUAGUGGGAAGUGAUAUCGAUAAUAGUUGUUUAAUGUCAUCAUUGAUUCAAAUAUUUCUUCGACCUAAAUGUCGUACAAUCAAAGGUUUUUGUGAAUUAAUUGUUCGUGAAUGGAUUAUUCGUGGUCAUCCAUUUCGUGAACGUUUUGGACAAGUUAUUUGUGAUGGAUAUGGAAAUAAUGCUCAAGAAUCACCAGUUUUUCUUCUCUUUCUUGAUUGUAUUCAUCAAUUAAUUAAUCAAAAUCCAUUUUCAUUUGAAUUUACUGAAUAUUUAUUAAUUGAACUUUAUCAUAGUAUUUGUUAUUGUUAUCAUAAUACAUUUAUUUUCAAUUCAGUCCUUGAACGUCUUGAUGCAAUACAAAAUUGUCCAAGAAAUAUGUUAUUUUUAUCAUCAUUUGAUUUUUCUCUUUAUCUCUAUCCGCAUACAUGUCGUUUAUUAAAAAAUCAUACAUAUAUAUUUUCUUCACAAAAAUUAUCUCUUUCUCAUCAACAAACAAAUAAUACAAAACCAAAUCUAUUACCAAAAGGGAAUUCAUGUCCUCAACGACCAUCAAAUCGAUCUAUGUAUCGUUUAGAAUCACCAAAAACAAUUAAUUUCAUGCUUGAUGUUUCAUCAUCAACAGAGAAAUUAUUACCAGCCAAUGGUGAACAAUUUGGAUAUGAUCUUAUUGAAUCACCACAAAGAUUUCAUUCGGAUCUUUAUGUUGAUUGGCGUAUAUUUAAUAUAGUUUUAUGGUCAAAAUGUUAUUGUCGAUAUGAUCAAAACGAUAUGACAACAUCACGUGAACAACAAUUAUCAUUUGAAAUUGCUUGCUUACAGCAAGAUAUUCAAAAUACACAUUCAAAAUUUCGACGACAGCUGACAAUAGAUGCAUUUCAUUCUACUAAUCAUGCUAACUCAUGGCAUCCACAAAUGUUGGACACUCAUUGUUAUAUGAUUGCUUUUAUAUGGCUUGAAACACUUUUUCGUACUGAUUUUUGUAUGAACUUUUAUUCAUUUGAUAAACUUAGUAUUCAACAGUGA